AUGUUAAUGGUAGAUAGUUGCCCGCUCUUCCCAGCACAGACUGACCAAACUAAGCUCCUCUCUUUCCCGUACACGAGCUCUUCUGGUAUCCCUAGCCACCUUAACCUCCAACCUCCCCUCUCAACGGCAAUCCCGUGUUCAGGUAUGAUGCUUACCCAAUUGCGGCCUAGUCCCACCGGCCAACCUCUUCAUGUUCAUCAUCUUGGUCAGCUUCUUUCAUUGAAGAUAACAUCGUCAAUCAAUAUCUACACUGUUGCUGCUUCCUGCAAGCUGGUAUCGACCCCUCCUUCCUCACCGCCCGGCUGGUCACGGGAUGGGGGGGAAAAAGAAGCGGAGUUAGGAAUUAAUGCAUUACCGGACGUUACAACAACGUGGUUCGACCAGCUUGACAGCGGCAGGCCAAUCGCCUGCCCGACUACUCCUGCACACCUGCAAAUGCGCAAUAAUACUACUAGUAGGCUUGGUCACGUGGCUGGAUCACCACAUUGUCAGUACAGUGAAACUCGUCAGGCAUCGUCUCUCCGGUUGUUCCACCAGAUUAUUCCUACAGAAUGGGUUGAGUGUCCUGGAUGA